GGGUGCCCACGGGCGGGGCGGGGCGGGGCGGGCUCUGCCUGCCGCCUGCCUGUGGCCUGUUUACCAGGCUCAGUCACCGUGGCCGGCCCAGCAGGAGGCCCAUGGCGCCUGAGGCCACAGGCCACAGGGGACAAGGGCCAGGCACCCCUGCCAUGGCUCCAGGCCAUUGAUCCAGCCCGGCGGCCGGUGGGGGAGGGGAGACCUUGGCCUGGACAAACAGCGGCUCUGAGGCCUGCGUGCAGGCCUGGCACCCACCUGCCACUCCCAAAGGAUGCCCAUGGCCGAGGCCCCCCAAGCCGCUGGUGGGCAGAGCGAUGGAGGCGACGGCGAGGACGCAGAGCCGGAGGGGAUGUUCAAGGCCCCUGAGGACUCCAAGAGAAAAGUCGGAGACUACCUCCGCCUGGCGCCCCUGUGGCUGGCCCUGGUCGUGCUGGUUUCCGUGGGGGUCUUGCUCUGGUAUUUCCUAGGGUACAGGGCGGAGGUGACCGUCAGCCAGGUGUACUCAGGCAGCCUCCGCGUGCUCAAUCGCCACUUCUCCCAGGACCUCGCCCGCCGCGAGUCCAGUGCCUUCCGCAGUGAAACCGCCAAAGCCCAGAAGAUGCUCAAGGGGCUCAUUACCAGCACCCGCCUGGGCACGUACUACAACUCUAGCUCCGUCUACUCCUUUGGGGAGGGACCUUUCACCUGCUUCUUCUGGUUCAUCCUCCAAAUCCCUGAGCACCGCCGGCCGAUGCUGAGCCCCGAGGUGGUGCGGGCGCUGCUGGUGGAGGACCUGCUGUCCACGGCCAACAGCUCGGCGCCCCCUCCCUACCGGGCUGAGUACGAGCUGGACCCCGAGGGCCUGGUGCUCCUGGAAGCCAGCGUGAAAGACCUAGUUGCCCUGAAUUCCACGCUGGGCUGCUACCGCUACAGCUACGUGGGCCAGGGCCAGGUCCUCCGGCUGAAGGGGCCCGACCAGCUGGCCUCCAGCUGUCUCUGGCACCUGCAGGGCCCCCAGGAUCUCAUGCUCAAGCUCCGGCUUGAGUGGAAGCUGGCCGACUGCCGGGACCGGCUGGCCAUGUACGACGUGGCUGGGCCCCUGGAGAGGAAGCUCAUCACCUCGGUCUAUGGCUGCAGCCGCCAGGAGCCUGUGGUGGAGGUCCUGGCGUCAGGCGCUGUCAUGGCAGUGGUCUGGAAGAAGGGUCUGCACAGCUACCAGGACCCCUUCGUGCUCUCCGUGCAGCCUGUGGCCUUCCAGGCCUGCGAGGUGAACCUGACCUUGGAGGGCCGGCUGGAACCACAGGGAGCCCUCCGCACACCGCACUUCCCCAGCUACUACUCGCCCAGCACCCACUGCUCCUGGCACCUCACGGUGCCCUCGCUGGAGUACGGCUUGGCUCUCUGGUUUGACGCCUACGCGCUGCGGAGGCAGAAGUACGGCCUGCCAUGUACCCAGGGCCAGUGGACGAUCCAGAACCGGAGGCUGUGUGGCCUGCGUACCCUGCAGCCCUACGCCGAGAGGAUCCCAGUGGUGGCCACUGCCGGUGUCACCAUCAACUUCACCUCCCAGAUCUCCCUCACUGGGCCCGGCGUGCAGGUGCACUACAGCCUGUACAACCAGUCGGACCCCUGCCCUGGAGAGUUCCUCUGCUCUGUGAACGGCCUCUGUGUGCCCGCCUGCGACGGCGUCAAGGACUGCCCCAACGGCCUGGACGAGCGAAACUGCGUGUGCAGAGCCACAUUCCAGUGCCAAGAGGACAGCACAUGCGUCUCACUGUCCAGGGUCUGUGACCAGCAGCCUGACUGUCUCAAUGGGAGUGACGAAGAGCAGUGCCAGGAAGGGGUGCCUUGUGGGACAUUCACCUUCCAGUGUGAGGACCGCAGCUGCGUGAAGAAACCCAACCCACAGUGUGAUGGGCAGCCCGAUUGCAGGGACGGCUCGGACGAGCAGCACUGUGACUGUGGCCUCCAGGGCCCCUCUGGCCGCAUCGUGGGUGGGGCUGUGUCAUCGGAGGGGGAGUGGCCGUGGCAGGCCAGCCUCCAGGUUCGGGGCCGCCACAUCUGUGGGGGAGCCCUUAUCGCUGACCGCUGGGUGAUAACCGCUGCCCACUGCUUCCAGGAGGACAGCAUGGCCUCCCCGGCGCUGUGGACGGUGUUCCUGGGCAAGGUGUGGCAGAGCUCACGCUGGCCGGGCGAGGUAUCCUUCAAGGUGAGCCGCCUGGUCCUGCACCCGUACCACGAGGAGGACAGCCACGACUACGACGUGGCCCUGCUGCAGCUCGACCACCCGGUGGUGCGCUCGGCCGCCGUGCACCCCGUCUGCCUGCCUGCGCGCUCCCACUUCUUCGAGCCUGGCCUGCACUGCUGGAUCACGGGCUGGGGCGCCCUGCGCGAGGGCGGCCCCACCAGCAAUGGUCUACAGAAGGUGGACGUGCAGCUGAUCCCGCAGGACCUGUGCAGCGAGGCCUACCGCUACCGGGUGACGCCCCGCAUGCUGUGUGCUGGCUACCGCAAGGGCAAGAAGGACGCCUGCCAGGGUGACUCCGGUGGGCCGCUGGUGUGCAGGGAGCCCAGUGGCCGCUGGUUCCUGGCAGGGCUGGUCAGCUGGGGCCUGGGCUGCGGCCGGCCCAACUACUUCGGCGUCUACACCCGCAUCACGGGGGUAAUUGGCUGGAUCCAGCAGGUGCUGACCUGAGGACUGCCCCCUGCAGAGCUGGGCCCCGCUCUUGGACUCAGAGAUCUCAGGGCAAGCACCAGGCGGGGGAGCACGUAUUCUGGGGGCGGCAGGGCCCUGUGGAGGCAGGAGCAAGCAUCCCCUCCCAUAACCUGCUCCCAGACAUCUGCCCCAUGGAGGGCACCGGAGAGAGGAGGGCCAGCAGCUGGUGGUCAAGACUUCCCCUGAGGGCCUGGGACGGUCACCAGGCCAAGCUGGGGGCCUCCCAUUCAGCCCUGUUACCUCCCGAUCGAUUCUCUCUCCUCCAUCCCCUUCGUCCAUUGCUGACUUUAGGGGGUAAUAGUUCAGGGGUGAUAAUCCAGCUUCUAGGUCCCAGCAGGAGUGUCUGAGCACAGCUGCCCGCCCUGGGCAGCAUCGGCUCCGGAGCAGAUUCCAUCCCGUGAGCCCUGCCUGACGUGAGGGGCAGGCAUGGAAGGAGCCCGCGGGGAGGGGCCCUCAGAGCCCUGGAGACAACCAAGUGGGCCAGCUGCCACCGUAAGCCAAAGGGUGGGGGAGCCUGGGCCAGGGUCCCGCCCCACCCCUACCUGCCCCUCGCCCCCUGCCCACCCCGCUUGGGCCUUCACUGCCUGCUCUCGCCCAGCUGCCUGUGGAAUAAAGCCAGCUGACCAAAG